AGUUUAAUUCUCCCAAAAAUAUAAUAAAAAAUAAAAACCUUUUGCUUUCGGUGUAUAAAAAAAAGCCUCACACUCUUGAAAGAUCACGUUUUGUACUUUAGGAGGUCUCACCUCAGCUACUACUCUUUCACUCUCAAACUCAAAUAAGUGGAAAAAAAAUGUUGAAAACCUUCCCCAUCAAAUCACCACCGUUCACGGUGGUUCUUUCUGUCUCUCUCGUCCUUCUCUCAUUCCUUCUCACGGCGGUUCCAGUUUCCAGCUACCGUCCGUGGCCGCAAAACCCCGAAAAAAACACAACAGACUACGCCUUCGGAACCUCCAAGAAAUACGAAGGCUCAUCGGAGUUUGUUAAACUACGCUACCACAUGGGCCCUGUCUUAACCAACAUCAUAACCGUCCAUACAAUCUGGUACGGCACAUGGAAACGCAACCAGAAAAAAAUAAUCCGCGAGUUCAUAAACUCAAUCUCCGCCAAAAACUCACCUCACCCCUCGGUUUCCGGUUGGUGGAAAACCGUUAUGCUUUACACGGACCAAACCGGGUCCAACAUCUCAAACACGGUUCAGUUAGGCCAAGAAAAAAACGACCGGUUUUACUCCCACGGGAAAUCCUUAACAAGAUUAUCUAUACAAUCAGUAAUCAAAAGCGCUAUCACCGCCAAAACAAAACCGUUACCGAUAAACUCACGAAGCGGUCUUUAUCUACUUCUCACCGCAGAUGACGUGUACGUUCAGGAUUUCUGCACGUCAGCAUGUGGUUUUCAUUAUUUCACUUUCCCUUCACUUGUUGGUUAUACUUUACCUUACGCUUGGGUUGGGAAUAGUGAGAGAUUCUGUGCGGGACAGUGUGCUUAUCCCUUCGCUGUUCCGCAGUUUAUACCUAACGUGAAACCGUUUAAAUCACCGAACGGCGACGUUGGAGUUGACGGAAUGAUAAGUGUUAUUGGACAUGAGAUUGCUGAGCUGGCAAGUAAUCCGUUAGCAAAUGCUUGGUAUGCUGGUGGGGAUCCGAGUUUUCCGGUGGAAAUAGCGGAUUUGUGUGAGGGUAUUUAUGGAACUGGAGGUGGUGGAUCUUAUACAGGGCAGGUUUUGGACGGUCAUGAUGGUGCCACGUAUAAUAUGAAUGGGAUUAGGAGAAAGUUUUUGGUUCAGUGGCUUUGGAGUCAUGUUUUGAAUUAUUGUACUGGUCCUAAUGCUCUUGAUCACUGAUUUUCUUCAUCAGUGUAUGUAGAAGAAUGAGAUAUUUUCAUUUUUAUUGUUAUUCUUGUGUUUUGUGUUUUGGGCUUGUUCGGUGGGUUUGUGAUUUUGUGGUGGUAAUGCUGGGGUUUUUUUGGUAAUUCUGUUACGGUGGUUAAGUUUGCUCAUGAUGCAAAUAAUGUAAUUUUGGUUGAAUAUGAUAUAUGAUAUAAUUAUAAAGCUCA